ACGAAGAGAACCGAGCUCUGAAAGCAGGAUGAGGGAGGGGGAGCGACUAGGAGGAUGGAAAGAACCAAUUGGUGCCGAUGUGGAGACGGAAACACCCGAGCAUUUCCGGAGGAACCCGGGGAGUUCUGAGUGGUAAUCGAGGGGUUGACUAUGGAAGUGGGCGGGGCCAACUCGGUACGUUCGAAGGGCGUUGGCGGAAAUUACCGAAGAUGCCCGAAGCCGUCGGGACGGACCCGAGUACCUCACGCAAGAUGGCGGAGCUGGAGGAGGUGACUCUGGACGGGAAGCCUCUUCAGGCGCUGCGGGUGACCGACCUGAAGGCCGCACUGGAGCAGCGAGGCCUAGCCAAGAGCGGGCAGAAGAGUGCCCUGGUCAAGCGGCUCAAAGGGGCUCUAAUGCUAGAAAAUUUACAGAAACACUCAACACCCCAUGCUGCAUUCCAGCCAAAUUCCCAGAUUGGCGAGGAAAUGAGCCAGAACAGUUUCAUAAAGCAGUAUCUGGAAAAGCAGCAGGAGCUGCUUAGGCAGCGUCUGGAACGUGAAGCUCGAGAAGCUGCAGAACUUGAAGAAGCUUCAGCUGAGUCGGAGGACGAGAUGAUCCAUCCCGAGGGAGUGGCUUCCCUGCUGCCUCCUGACUUUCAGAGCAGCCUGGAGAGACCAGAGCUGGAGCUCAGCAGACAUUCACCCAGAAAAAGCGCCUCUGUUUCCGAAGAGAAAGGUGAAUCUGAUGAUGAGAAACCAAGGAAAGGAGAAAGACGAUCAUCCAGAGUCAGACAGGUAACUCAGUUACCUCUGAAAGCAUCCUUCACCUCUUUGGUUACUGCCUUGGAUAUCUCCUCCUCCUCCUCUUUUUCCUCAAACUAUUUCAGAGUUGGGGACCUACAGUGCCAGUAUGCCAAAUGA